CCCUCUCUCCACCCCUCUCUAUGAUAUCUCUCCCCCUAAGCACCACACGGACUCCACACAGCUUCCAGAGACCCUGACCAACCAGUCGUGAGCAGCCCCAGAUACUGCGUGCUUCUAGCGGACUCCUGUGAGCCGAGCCCUGCCUUUCUCCACUUCUGUGGUUGGACUCCCCUUGGACGCCCUGACUCCACGCCUCUUCACACAGCAGCCAGCUCUGCCCCACGAAGCCACUGGUCACCCCUGUCAACCACCUGUCCUGUCCUAUCCAAUCACAUCACAUCACGGUCACGUUUCCUGCUGCUUUCUCUCUGCCAAAACUCUCUUUGGCACUCCCCACUUUGCCUGUUCUUCUUCUCUUCCCCUCACAUCUCUCCUUCUUCCCCUCUUCUCCUGACCGCUAAACUAACAGCUACCUGCACCCCUAUAACUGACAAAUCUGCCCUCUCCUCCAACCACUCACUGGCUGGCUGUCCAUCUUCACCAAUCAGGCAUGGAGAAAGUGAGUCACAUGACGCGCAACGCCAUCCGCCGGGCGUCCACCAUGGAGAUCCCCCCGCACGCCAAGCGCAACAUGCAGGAGCUCUUCGUCAACUUCUGCCUCAUCCUCAUCUGCCUCCUGCUCAUCUACAUUAUCGUCCUACUGAUCUCUUUCUACAGCACCUUAUGAACCGGAGGAGAGAGGAUGGUAUUGACCGCCCUUCUGUGAAACGACCAAUCACCAGCUCUUCUUGCCAGUAGCCUUGACGGUGGAGCUCUGCUUCGAGAUAUUUGACCGCCACUUCCACAACGCCCCCUCCGCUGCUGCACGAAACCUCGUCCGACUUUGAGGGCUCUCGCCUGGGAUCUUGUCAGCCGUCCUUCCCCCCCCCCAGCACCUACCUUGGAACCAUGGAUCUGGUGAACAACCGCGGGCUGAACCUCAUGCUCAACUUCCUGCUCAUCGUGGUGGUGUUAAUGCUCUUGCUCAUACUGGUCAGGCUCAUGUGACAUGCGCCGGCCAAUCAGAUCAUGACUUCACAUGAGGGGUGGGCAGAAGAAGGAAGGGGAUGGGGUACCUAGGUCCAAUAGGGUUAUAUAUACGGGGGGCACAAACUAAUGAUCAACAUCGACACAUCGAUCCCAAUCACUCGGUCUCUUAAAAUCUGUGAUAUCAGAUCAAUCCAAUACUGACACAAUUGGGUAUGUUAAAAAGGAAAAUACAUCUAGGCUAACUGGAUUUCUCCCCACCAGAUCCAGCACACAAAUCUUCACAGCAGAUCCAUACACAGAAGAUAAUUACAUAAUUCAUAAAAGCUUGACGCUUAA